AUGCUCAAUAAUUUCUUCAAGGAAUUUCGUUCUUUCUUUCUUUCUUUCUUUCUUUCUUUCUUUCUUUCUUUCUUUCUUUCUUUGCCAUUUCUUUUGUCACAUGCUGACAUUAAUCAUAUUUCGAUCCACUGGGAUUAUAUACUAACGGAUUUGUUGUCUUUACUAUCUAUCUAUCUAUCUAUCUAUCUAUCUAUCUAUCUAUCUAUCUAUCGUCAAAGUAGACGACAUCAAACGAUCUCUGCGCACAAGAAGCCCGAACGGGUGCUGCGUGGAUAUGACGUUUGCGGAGGUAUCAAGCGAACUUACUGUGUCACAGAGGCGGUGCAUCAAUGGACGGAAGAGAAAAGGGAGAUCUAUCUAUCUAUCUAUCUAUCUAUCUAUGUCGCUUUAAUAUCUAUCUAUCUAUGUCGCUUUAAUAUCUAUCUAUCUAUCUAUCUAUCUAUCUAUCUAUCUAUCUAUGUCACUUUAAUAUCUAUCUAUCUAUCUAUCUAUCUAUCUAUCUAUCUAUCUAUCUCGCUUCAAUAUCUAUCUAUCUAUCUAUCUAUCUAUCUAUCUAUCUAUCUAUCUAUCUAUCUGUUUCUUCUAAGUAUAUCUCUAUUCAGCACUUAUCUAUCUAUCUAUCUAUCUAUCUAUCUAUCUAUCUAUCUAUCUAUCUAUCUCAGCCUGUUCUUUAUCUAUCUAUCUAUCUAUCUAUCUAUCUAUCUAUCUAUCUAUCUAUCUAUCUAUCUAUACAUCAAACAACUACUAGUUAGUCUGCAGUGUCGAUCUAUCUAUCUAUCUAUCUAUCUAUUUCAACUCUUAAAACGAACAUUAAAAAUAACGUUUAAACUGGUAAUCUAUCUAUCUAUCUAUCUAUCUAUCUAUCUAUCUAUCUAUCUAUCUAUGUAUUCUAAUGUAAACAAAUCUAUCUAUCUAUCUAUCUAUCUAUCUAUCUAUCUAUCUAAACUUUCCGCUUUGUGUUGUUAUUCAAACAUCUCAUUAAGGUAUUCUAAUGUAAACAAAUCUAUCUAUCUAUCUAUCUAUCUAUCUAUCUAUCUAUCUAUCUAUCUAACUUUUCCGCUUUGUGUUCUGUUGAUCAGGCAUCUCAUUAAGAUAUUAUAA